AACUGUCAAAGAGCUAAACGUCAAACGUCAGAUUUUUAAAUGAUUGAGGUUGUCUCGUACUUAUCGAUUUUUAGGUAAAACAAUCAUAAACACAAAGUUAUAAAUAAUGUGAACUAUUAAAAGUGACGACAAUGACUGCUGCACAAGAUGUCUUCACCUUAAAGUGUAUAUUGAACAAUAUAAAAAUCAGGCUGUGUUCUCGGAUAGAGAGUGGAGUCAAACAACUAUUGGCUCUAAUUACAAGCGACAAUGAUGUCGUUCUUCAUUACACUUACGGAGAAUUACCUCCAGUAAUCAAGAGAGUUCCUUGGUUGUCAGACUCCAAUAAAGUGAUUCAAGCUAUUUGUUUUGACCCCACGGCCACAUGGCUUUUAGUUGUUUCAAUUGAUGGUUCCUUGUACAUAAUUCCCGCUUUAAGUUUAACAGACAAAAAGCAAAAAAUUGACUGCAAAUGGUCUCUGAACGACGUAACCCAUUUUCCAAAGCAUUCACAAACGCCAGAUUCAAAGCCCACUUGUGUUGUGUGGUGGCAGACUUUGGAUUGCAAUCAGAAUGCACUAGUAGGCUAUGAAAGUGGGGCUAUAGCUUUGAUAAGUCUAACUGAUGGACGAUGUUUGGGUUGUUGUGCAAUUUCUGAGGCUGUGACGCGACUCUCACUUUGUCAGGAUAAUACUCUAGACUCUGUUUCAUUAUUGAUAAAUGGAGAGAGUGGUCAACAAUGGCGCCUUGUACUCGAACAAAACUCAGUUGGCUGUUUAUGGCCUCCUGAGUCAACCAAUCAAUCAGAUGAUUUGACGCGCUCUAGAUUAUAUAAUUUAAAACAAAUGGGGGUGGAUAAAUUGGCAUCACUGAAACAACGUUUGGUUGAGGCCAGAGGAGGCAGAAGAGAUAGUCAGAGCGAUACAGCCAGUGAAUCUUCACAUUCAGAAUCCACACAUUCAGGUCCUGAGCUAUUGCCUUGUCUUUGUGAUACUAUUUUUGCACCACAAUAUGCAAGAAAUCGUUACUUAUUUUCUGCGUUUUAUAAACCUACAAGUUUACUGACUGUGCAUGGAGUUGAUGUUGAUUCAGCGCCGUUGUUUGUCCACAAGUUAAUGACUGGGACGAGUACACUUUUGUUGACUGAUAAAUUGAUUUAUACUGUUAAUGACGAAAGAAAUGUGGUUUCGGUUAUCAGCAAUCAACUGUCGGAGUGUAGGAUGGAAGGCGAUGCUAAAUUUAAUCCCGAUGCCCUUGUAGCACAAUUUACAAUUGAAAAAGAGACAAUUUUAAAUAUUUAUAAGUUGACAGAUUUGAGUUGGGGGAGAGUUAGAAAAAGUAAAGAAGAUCAAAGGAGGGAAAAACAUUACGAAAUGCCUAAAACUGUGGACGAUUUAAACAUAAAGAAACCAAGAGUUGACACUUGUGUGGUUAUCACUAAUUCCUCCGUUUACAAAGUUGUGAUUAGUUGCUCUCCCAUAAACAAAUUCGUUCAUUUGGUCACCGUCGAUAACGACUUGGAAAAAGCCGAACGAUUGUCAAUAAUUUUCGGCUUAAACAUUCAACAAUUACUGGAAGGAUGUGGCGAUUUAAUGAUUACCAAGGGAUCAUUCCAUUCCGGCAUCAUUUUAUACAAACAAGCAAAAGUUCAUUUAUUGAAAAGAGUCCUCAAACUUGCCAUCUCAGCCGACUGCCGAACACUUCUGAAAUUCGUACACCUUUGCUUAAGUGCAAGUCGUGUCGAUAUGUCAAUGGCCACAAAAAUCCACAUUGGUAAUCUAGCCGUUAUGGCCUACACGGAAUUAAUACUUCGACAUGGAGGCCAGGCCCGAAUUUCCAACACUAAAGACUUCAUGAAUUUCUUACGUUAUGAAGAAUUCUACGACCAGAUUUUAGCUGUUAACGUUGCGUGUCAAGCCGGUCAUUGGAACAUUGUUUCUCUAUUGGCGAAAUGUCGUGGUUUACAACUUGAAGUUGUGACCGCUUUUGGCCAAAUUCUCCAAAGUGCGCGAAGUCCAAGACCCAACGAUCGUGAAUUUCUAUUUGCACUUUCUGAGCCGAGUUUGACACAAAGUCUUGUGGUUUUGCCGCAAAGUAGUAAAGAGAUUUUCAAUUUUGUUCGCAAUAAUGUGGACACGUUCCCUGUUGAUAUUCUUCAAAGAUUCGUCGUUCAAUUGGAUCCGAGUCAGCCAUGUGUUAUUCCUCUAGUCAAUAGAAUUUUUUCCACGAACAAAUAUUCGUCUAGUCUUGACACAACGAUAGAAUCCGUUGAUUUGGAAAAUCCUGAUAAGGGCAUAAUUGCAGUCAAGGAUUUAAUCGAAACGUUUUUGUUCGUUUUGAUUAAACUGAUCGGAAAAACGGAUAAGGACGAGUACAACAUCCAUUUGUUAGAUUUUAUGGAUCCUCCAGAGCCUCCAAUUGAGGAAACUUUAAUUGAUAAAAUGCCAGAUUUACAUCAUUUAAGUUGUGGUUUUGAACAUGCAGCAGUCGUUCGAAACUCGUGUCUUUACACAAUGGGGGUUUCCAGUUCGGGGUGUUUAGGUCUAGGACCCCUUUUGACGCAAAGUAGUCCACCGAAGUUAGUUCAAACUUUGUUUGACCUAAAAGUCAAAGUAUUGAGUGUUAGUUGUGGUCGGAAGCACACACUCGCUUUGACCGAUUAUGGGGUUUAUGCUUGGGGCUCAAACACUUAUGGUCAACUCGGUUUAGGUCCUCUAAUCCAAGAGAGCCCCUACCCCCAAAUUAUCACAAAUCUUGCUUUCAAAAAAAUGGUCCAAGUCAGUGCUGGACAAUACCACACGAUUGCACUGUCAUCUAGCGGCGAAGUAUAUACUUGGGGUUGGGGUAUCCAUGGCCAACUCGGUCAUGGUGACUGCGACAAUAUCUACUACCCUAAAUUGUUGCCGUUUCAACAUAAAGUUGUACAAGUCGCAGCAGGUCAUGCCCAUAGCUUGAUUUUAACAAGGGAAGGGAAACUAUUCGGAUUCGGUUCGAAUGUUUUCGGGCAAUUGGAGUAUUGCCAACUCGAUUCGAACAAAUCCACUCGACCUGUCUUGAUUUUAAUCAUGCCCGAUAUUUAUACUGCGAUUGAGAAAAUUGCGACUGGAUAUUUUCAUAACAUUGCCGUUCGUGCAGAUCAAGAGGUUUAUACUUGGGGCGCAAGUCCUCAAGAAGUCCGAAUUUUGCAAUCGAAGAAUUUGCAGAAACAAAAUGGGUUGUCGUUGAAAGGACCCGAUUCGUGGAAAGCGAGUGUCCAUAUUUAUUCCGGUGGUAAUAAAAAACCGAUUGAACAAGUUGUUGUCGGUUACAGACAUUCGGUUAUUUUGCACAAUGGAAAGUUAUUGUGGGGUAAAAACAAAGAUGAUGAACUAAGUCCCCCAAAACUCAACGAUAAAGAUAAUAUUAGUUUUUUUGCGCACAAGUUUAUACAUGUUUCGUGUGGACUGGACUACACUAUGGCGAUCGAUCAUGCGGGGAAGCUUCUGGCUUGGGGAAGCCCUUCUAUGGCUCAGACGAUUCUUGGACGCUCUCUCGACGAAGACAACAAGGCGGCAAGUGAAGGCAAAGUCAUCGUAUUUAAAAACACUCGUCGAGUGAUCAAAUUCCCCAACAAUUUCGACGGAAACACUGACAAUUUCCCCGUCGAAGUUCCCGGACUACCAACAAUGGCAAUCACCUUCAACCCUACAGACCAUCGUUCACUAUUUGUUAAAAAAUACGUCCCUUAUGCUGUUUUACAAAUCGAAAACGAUCAUGAUUUCGAGCAAACUUGCAAACCGCCAACAAAACACACAUCACCUCUCAAUUUUAUUCAAAACAUUCCUAAAUUUAAAUUCGGACAAAAAACACUACACUAUGCUCUCGAAACGUAUCACGGUUUUUACGACUCGGAAAAUGUUAUGUCAAAGUGUUUGGAUAUGAAUAAUUAUCAAGGUGCGAGUAAAAUCGCCAUGUUGAACGGCCAUUUUGGCGAUAGUUUAGGGUUUCAAUUGACCGCGUUUAAAAAGUACAUGGAUUCGUGCGAUUUGGAUUUGGAUUCGAUUUUCGUGAAUAAGGAACAGUUUGAUAAUAUCAAGGAAAAGGAGCAGGACUUUGUCGAGUUCGUUGUUAAGAACAUCCAAGAGGAUUUCGGUGAGAAACAUUUUUUGAGUUCAAGCUCGUCUCUUGAUAGUAUAAGACAGUGGGGCGACGAGGUGGAACACCAAGGGGGCCGCGAGAGUCCGUGCGAAAUGUCCGAUAUCGGAGACAUCCGCCAAAGCAUGAGCCACUACGUGCAAUCACUUAAAAGUAGCGAUAAUUCACCCCCGAUUACAAGUGUUUCUAAACGCGUCUCAGAAUCGGACAGUUUGAAAAAGAAAGCCGAAUUCAUCGAUUUAGAAAUCAAAGAUCAGGAAACGCGCGAAGUCAUUGAAAACGCAUCGAAAUUGAUCGAAUUUUAUAUUAGAAAAAUCUACGUGUCCGAGAAUCACAUUUUGAUGCAAAAUGUUUUGAUGAAAUGUAUAGAUUUUUGGUUAAGUAACAAUUUGCCGGUUCCUAUUUUAGAAAACGUGCUUUUGAAAAACAUGGAUAAGUAUUUCUAUCCGUUGUCGAUUUUAUUGUUUUGUAAAAAUUUCACUAAUGGCUUAGACGACGAAAUCAUCAAAGAGAAAGGUGAUUCGGCCGGGUUUUUGAAAGAGUUUUCAACAAAAUUUUGCCUUCAUCUGUGUUCCAUGGUGUUAGAGAAUGUGAAUAAAGCGUAAUACAAUUGUUUGUAAAAAACAUGGUUUAAGCCAUAUGUGGUGGCAGAAACGUUGAGUUUUAGCUUCUUAAACUAAAUGUACUAGUCUUGAUUAGAUCUCAUUUGAUGUGUAGUCAUUAUGUUUAGUUGUCUUCCAAGUUUUAGGAUACUUGAUACGUUACAGUUUAGGGAAAUUGCAUAGAUUUUUUUGUGAUAACGUUUCAGCUCUGAGCUGAUGCACAAUUUAUUUAACGCAGCACAUCAAUUUUGUUAUGUAUUAGCAAGCCAUAUUUUAUAAUGGAUUCAAUUACAACUCUCAUGAUUAAUAAAGGAAGUUUAAAAUA